AUGACAAUUGGAACAACUUUUCCUUUGCUAUUGUUGGUUGAUUAUUUACUUGAUAAUAAUUUUGCUAGCUUUUUGUGGAUUGGUAAGAUUGCAGCUGCUUGCAGGGAAGUUAAAAAUGCAUUAAAGAAAUCAAAAGAUUUAUCUUUAAACUGUUUCAAAAAUUGCAACUUUUUACUUGAGGCAAGUCCAUCCGUAUCUGUGCACCAGUGUAUAUUUUAAAAUGUUUUCGUCAUAAAAUUGCCCUAAGGCUUUUACAAGUAUCAAAUGAGCAAAACUGAUAAUUUGAACAUACACAAUUACAUAUUUAUUUUUUUUCUUCCAAGUAAGAUAUUAUAUUCAUUUGCUCUGUCAAAUUGACAUUUUUAUCUACUGUAACAGCAAAAAUUUAAAUCAUUAACAUAAAUUAUAAAUAAUAAAGGGUCCAGAAUAAAUCGUUGGGAACACCAAUCUAAACUGUGUGUGGUCUCUCCGAUGAAUUACAUAUGCUCUUUCGCUUAAUGAUUGUUGUUAUAUAUUUCCAGGAGUAGCAAAUAUGUAUGUAUCUUGUUCAAGUAUUUGAACGUUGGUCUAUUGCAGCCUACCUGUUUUGUCUCCUACAUAGUUAGUCGUCGGUUCUGUUAUUCAUGUCGUUUGUGCUGAUGUCAGUUGUAUUUGUUGCAAUCCGAUCUGGGUAGAAUUCCUGAUAAAGUGAUUCUAUAACGGCUAUCAUGAAUAUAAUUGAUUUUCUCUUCAUAGAAUUGAACAUUUGUAUUAUUUCCUUCACAUGUAUAAUUGUUGUGUUGAAAUUAGGUAAUUUCAUGUUCUCGGGUCAUUAUUUAGAUCAACUACAUCGACAACUAGAUGUAUAUAUAUACAUCCGCAAGUUUAUUGUUUUCUGUUUGGUAUUAAAUUAAUAAUUAAGAUCCAUUUUGUUACAUCUGGUGAUCCGUUUAUUUGGCAAUCGCCAAUGGCAGUCGACAGUGUUUAAGAACAUCCGUUGUUCGACCUGCUAGUAAAAAUAUACUUUUUCACUUUUUUGGUCUUUUGGAAAAUGUUGUUUGUGUUGUAUUUAGACCCCUCUACCAAGAAAUUUGUUUUGCAUGCACACGUAUAAAAAAUGCGGUUUUUAUCCAACGCAAUCAUAGGUUUGAACGUUGUUUUCAAUUUAGACUUGUUUAUAUUUUUUCGUUUGGGCUUGUAUUAUAUUUGCCCUCGGGUUUAUUUAAUCCGUUCAUCCUAUUUCUAUUCUUCAAAAUUCAAGAGUCUAUCCUAAAUUGAGGUAAAUUAUAUGGCCUUCCAAAUACCGUUUCGAUUCCUAACAUCACUGAAGAGACAAUAAUUGUCGAAAUCCGGUUACGGUGUACCAAUUUUUGCACCCCAUGUUUGCGGUAUACAAUCUUUUCCGCAAGUUUAUUGUUUUUUUGUUUGGUAUUAAAUUAAUAAUUAAGAUCCAUUUUGUUACAUCUGGUGAUCCGUUUAUUUGGCAAUCGCCAUGGCAGUCAGCAGUGUUUAAGAACAUCCGAUUUUCGACCUGCUCGUCAAAUGCGUUUUGUUAAAAUAUACUUUUUCACUUUUUUGGUCUUUUUGGAAAAUGUUGUUUGUGCUGUAUUUAGACCCCUCUACCAAGAAAUUUGUUUUGCAUGCACACGUAUAAAAAUUGCGGUUUUUAUCCAAAGGAAUCAUAGGUUUGAACGUUGUUAUCAAUUUAGACUUGUAUAUAUAUAUAUCCUUAUAAUUCGGUAGUUUUGACGAAUCAAUCCCUUUCUAAACGUAUCUUCCAUCAAUCAGUACUCGACUGUCUGAAAUGGGAUGAUCGUUUUGCAUGUUUAGGCUUGAAAUAUUUCGAUUGUUGGGUUGUCUGCUAUACGAUUUCGAUAUUUGAGUGCCCAGUGUCUUAUAUUUUCGGAAUUGUUCGAUCUUCGUCUUCUGGUGUUGUCAUUGAAAAAUACUAAGUAUGUUCGUUAUUUUGAAUUAUGUUUUCUGAUUGUAGUAAACUCAAUUUUAAGAUUGAUAUGUUUUUACAGAUCUUGACUUCAUUUGCAUAUUUUGGGUUCUUUUCUGUAGCACAUUAAGUCUUAUUCUGGAUUAUUGUUUACAUUUACAAUUUCGUGUUCAAUGUUUUUCGGUUUGUUCGUCUCCUGUUGGUCAUGUUGAAUAUUUUUUCCAUGUCCAUGUCCAGUUGUUUUUCAAGCUAGAGCAAAACUCCAGCUCCAUAAAGAUAUAUUUUGAUCUAUCUGUUUCCAAAUUUGACCACAACAGCACUUUAUAGUACAGGAAAUGGAUGUUGGAAAAGCAUAACAGGAUUAUCUAAAAAAAAAAAACGCAAACGAUUUACUCCUUUUGUUUGAUUUAUUUACCUGUAUAUACGUUUAAAUUUUUUUUUAUUGAUUUAUUCAGUUGUUAAUUCGAUAUUUUAUUUGAAAUUAUAGUAAUGAAGUAAGUAAAAUCUCUCAUUAAUCGGCGAGUUUUGAAAUUUUGAUUUCGAAAGUAUAUGCUCUGUAUUUUUACAAUUUUUAUUCUUUCACAUUUUUUAGCCAGAUAAAACUGAGUAUACUGUUAUCGAAGGUGAAAACAUCACCAUACCGAUGACAUCAACAGUGCCAGUAUCGUGUAUUGCCUCACAUCCAGACAUCCGCACAAAGUGUGCUCAGAACUUCUUUAUAUUUCAACCUAAGUACGGCAAAAAUAAAGCAUCAUGCUUAAACAAUAUCGCUAAAAGAGAUAUUGUUUUUGAAGCAGAAUUUUGUGGAAUAAAACUAGGAAAUCUAGAUUGGAAUGAAACGAAAUAUCUACAGGUUUAUGGAUCUAGUGAUGGUCUAUACAACCAUCAGGGCAGGUCGACAUUUAUUCGGAUAUCUACGAAAUCUAUUUCAGCUUUCAACGAAAUCUGGAAAGACGUCAAGAUACCAGAGAUUAAGGUCACAGUUUUAGACAAAGAUUCAGUGUUAACAGCAAGACUUUGCCAGUCAUAUAACGAUCCACAUAUUACAACGUUUGAUGGAAGGUUGUAUCAUUAUAUGGAAGUUGGGGAAUUCGUUCUUUACAGAAAUGACAGAGGUCCAUAUUGGGUUCAUGCUUUGUUAACAAAUUGUGGAUUUGGGUGGAGUGGUUCUUCUUGUCAUUGUGGUAUAGCUAUUAGAAGCAGAGGUUCGUUGUUUGUUCUGCGAACAUGUGCAAAAAUCUCUCGGAACAACAAAUAUCUUCUUCAGCAACCUUAUACUGAACUUUUAACUUGUGAUGACAAUGAUAUGUCAAUAGAACACAUUGGAAAUACAUACAAGAUAACUUUGCAAACGGGAACAGAAAUAAAGUUUACUGUAUCACAAUAUAGUAAAUUUAUAUCAGGAAUUUCGAUUAAGCCCUCUAUCUAUGACAUCGAUGAAGCAAGAGGACUUUGUGGAGUUCCAAGUUUAACAAAAGAUACUUCUGAUGAUUUUACACAUCGUGAUCUGGGUCCUAUAAAUAAUGAGAAGAGUUUUGCAGAUUCGUGGCGGAUUGAUUCUUUGUCUACGCCAAAUGAACAGCUUUUUAUCAAAGAGCCUGCUUUUUUGUACGAUGAUGCUGUAAUUUAUAUGGAAGAAAGUACUAAAGUAAAUAUAACAGUUUCCCAAUACUGUGUCUGUGACAAAGAGGCGGGACCGACCGACAAUUUGGAACAAUUCUAUACAGUCCGAUGCAACUUGACAGAGAGUACACAACAUUGUUCAUCUGAAACCAAGGAAAAUGACAACUCUGUUCAACCCUUUGUUACCUCGUGCUAUUAUAAUACAAGAAAGAAAAGGUCUUUGUCUCACCGGAUAAAUCGACGUAGCGCCACUUACAAUGAUGACAUUAUAGAUGAUUCUCCCCUUGAAUACGACGAUGAUAUUCAGAAUACUUCUUUUGCGAAUCCUGAAUUCAGAAACGGUUGGACAGAAGUUGAAGCAAAUAAAACAUGUACCGAACGUAUUUAAAAUUCAGUCCCUACUGAAUUUCUAACAGAUGUUUGUGGAUUGAUCAGCGAUGAUUAUAUCAAGUCUUGUAUUUUGGAUAUCAAACUAACAGCAGACACCUCAUUUAUAAAAGAUACAGUCGGGGCUAUGCAAACGUACGCCUUUAUGGAAGUUUCCAGAAAUGAAACAUUAUCUUUAACUAGAGCAGGUGAUGGAAACCAAACAAUUCUUGAAUACAUCACAAGUCUUAUUUGUCCAAACAACUGCAGUGAUAAUGGAAACUGUAC